AUGCCUACUAAACAACGCCGAUUAACAGGCACUAAUCGACGAAAAAAGAAAACACAAGAACAUCCAUUACAAAUGAUUUAUUUACGAGCAUUAUAUGAAAAAAAUACUGAAAAAAGUGAUACAGAUAUUCAAACAAUAGCUGAUCAUACAUUUGGAAAAGUUUAUUCAGAUCAAAUUGUAUCACAAUCUCAAAUAACUAAAGAAAUAUCCUCUUCAAAUACUAUUUCAAUCACGGGAAAAUCAAGAAAAAAGAAAAGAAAUUAUCGAAAAUAA